CAAAGCAGCCUGAACUCAAAAAUUCAUCUCAAUCUGAAAUUACAGAUGAAAACUCGAAUGUACAGCCUAAACUCGAAAAUUCGUCUCAAUCUGAAACUACAGAUGAAAACUCGAAUGUACAGCCUAAACUCGAAAAUUCGUCUCAAUCUGAAACUACAGAUGAAAACUCGAAUACUGCUAAUACUCAACAAGAUUCUAGAGUAUUAUGGGCAAAUGAUUUGCAAGAUCAUAUAUUUUACUAUUUAUUAAAAAUGGCAGAGGUUCAGUUUGGGUCAUUUAGUCAGAUGGGUAACGAUAUGGAGUUGUUUCACUCUCUCAGUGCGGAACCGUUUGCAAGCUCAUCGCGGAUAAAAGAGGCAAAAAACCUUUGGGAAAAACAACUAAACGACCUUG